CGAAGAACGGGACGCGUUGCUUGCGAAAACUCCGAAUUUUCCGAUAUCGAUCGCCCUUUCUAAAUUCGCUUCUGGGAAAUCCUGCCUUCGCGUACAGCUGUAGCAAGCGGAUCAACAAACGAUUGGCGACGGAUUAAAUGGCGUCUGUUCUUCCGUGCCUCGUGUCGUCUGCGCUCAGCUGUCGUGUGACGAUACUCGUGACGUAACUUUAUUAUGGUGGAUUGCCGAUCCUGAAGAUUUACGCCUCGCGAUUUAUUUACCAUUCUGCUCUGUCACUGUGAUCGCGUGUGAAUUCCGGUGGUCGGGGCAUCUCGCACAGCGACGGACGCGAUGGACAGCAACAAGGACGAGGCGGAACGGUGCCUGGAGCUCGCGGAGCGGUUUAUGCGGGACAGAAAGUACGACGAGGCCGAGAAAUUCGCUCGCAAGGCCCAGAGACUCUUUCCGACGAAGAAGGCCGAGGAACUGCUGGCAGAGGUAACGGUGCUCUCCAAGCAGAACCAGAAAUCUGAGUCAGCUGAGCCUAAUGUUAGAAAGCGUCAAAAUGUUACUAAGGAUGGAACACAUUCCCAGAGUAAUUCCGAAUAUUCGAAAGAUCAGUUGGAGCAUGUAAAGAGGAUAAAGAAAUGCAAGGAUUACUAUGACAUCUUAGGAGUCAGCAAAGAUGCUACAGACAGCGACAUAAAGAAAGCUUACAAAAAAUUAGCGCUUCAGUUACAUCCUGACAAAAACAAAGCACCAGGUGCUGCUGAAGCCUUUAAAGCUAUUGGCAAUGCAGUUGCUAUUCUUACCGAUCCAGAAAAACGAAAGCAAUAUGACAUGUACGGUUCUGACGAAGAAAGAAUGCAAAAUGUACACAACCGUGGUCACACGCAUUACAACUAUACUCGCGGAUUUGAAGCUGAUAUUACAGCCGAAGAAUUGUUUAACAUGUUUUUUGGUGUUGGCUUUCCACAACAAGAAUUUUAUAUGCGUCGGCCAGGUGGAAGAUGGAUGCGACAAUCGGAAGCACAAGCGCAACAUGCUCAUUCUCAGCAAGCAAACGGAUACACCACGUUUCUCCAGAUGUUACCAGUUCUGUUAUUAAUACUAUUAACAAUGAUGAGUAGUUUUUUCAUAUCUGAUCCAGUAUAUAGUCUGCAUUCGAGUCCGAAAUAUUCCGUGGCCAGAACAACUCAAGUUUUGAAAGUGCCAUAUUACGUUAAGGAAAACUUUCAUAGUGAAUAUCAAGGCAGUUUACGUAGGCUAGAAAUUUCAAUUGAAGAAGAAUAUGUGAGUAACUUGAGACAGAACUGCGCCAGGGAAAAGAGUUACAGAGAAGGUAUAAUGUGGAAGGCUCGUAAUUUGGGAGAUCAAGAUCUGUUCUUGAAAGCUAAAAAUCUCGAAACACCCUCGUGUAGGAGACUGCAAGAACUGCAAGCAUAAUAGAUAACAUAUGUGAACUAAACUAAAAGUUGUGUGAGUGUGUAUGUAGAUAGAUGUAUAUUAUAUUUACAUAUGUAAUUGUCUUUGAGUGUAUAAUGAAAAUUUGUUAUAAAAAUUGCGAUUACGUAUAAAAUAUCCUUAUACACUCAGAGUAAAUUAUAUUUUAAGAUCCACGUAACACAUGUAUUUGAACGUCUUAAGCUGCGUUCCGUUUUACGCAUAAUGCGCAUAAUGCAUCAUUCAUCUUUGUUGUUUGUCUGACGUUAAACAAAAAUGAACAAUGCAUUACGCGCAUCAUACGUGAAACGGAACGCAGCCUUAAGCAUUCAUUGCAUAAAUUUUGAGUUGCAUGAUGAAUGAUUGCAGCUAUAUACAGAGUAAAUAAAGUUUUAAUCUUUAUUUAUUCGACUUGAAUAAAAAUAUGUAAGAAAGUUUGUUUGUCAUAUAAUUUUCAUUCUUUCAAAACGAACAUACAUGUUAGUUAUAAAUACAUAUAUUUUAAAAAAAUAUUAAAAAUUGUCUAUUAAAAAAUAAUGUAACAUACAUGUGAUUGCCUCUGCAACUUUUCAACUAAAUAUAAAAUGUUUCUUCAGUCAUUCUGAAUACUCAAUUAUUUAUAACAAGGAAAGCCUAGUACUUGUAAGUACAAUUACAUAAGUAAUAUAGAUGAGAUGAAUAUCAUGCAUAAAUAAUUUCGUAGACUUACGGGUCCAAUUUAUUUCGUAAUAACACUUUUCGAUUGCAAUUUAAAAACUACAAAUAAAUCUGUAGUAGAUCAAUAAUUUAUAUUUUACACUUGGAAUGUUAUUGCACAGCUGAUUAUUAGUAUAUGCUUUGAGGGUGAAUUGAAUAAUUAGGAAUAUUUCAUACACUGCAAUUAUGAAAACAGUUUUUCGAAAAAAAGCAAUUUGACAAGGAUUUAUUCGGAUAAUUUUGAUUCUCCAUUCAAUAAUAUAUUGUUUUGAAGUUACUUGAAUUACUUCACUGCCUCUGUAUUAAGUCUGCAUUUCAUUGUUUUUAAUUACAGAUAUGUACGAAAUUUAUCCUUAUGGAAAAGUAUUAGACUCACGGAGGAAAAAUUAUUGAAAGUAAUGUAAGUGUACAAUAUACAUAUAUAUUGAAUUUGAAUAGUUUUUCCAAUAAUUUCGAAUAGUUUUUCACGAGUCUAAUACUAUUCUUUCUUUAGGAAUAAAUCACUAGAUAUUUUAGGUCGAAUUGCUUCUUACUAAAGAAUUAAUUAUUUCAAUUUUCUUUUAUCAAUCUUGUGAUUGCAAAAAUGUAUUGACAUAAGAUUGUUCACAAUCUGUAUUGAUUUGUUAUAAUUUUAAUAUGUAAAAGAUUCAAUAUUUGUUUCUAAUAUAUCUCGAAUUGAUCGCAAGAAUUCCUUGAUAUUUGCAUAAAAGUUUAAGUCAGUAUUUUGAGUAUCUAUACUGAUAAAAUCAGUACUUGGAUAUACCUCUUGGUUUUAUUUUAAGCUAUUCUUGUUAGAUAUAAACAUAAUUCUUUAUAGAGAAAUAUAUAUUAAAUCGACUUGUGUGAAAGAUCACUGGUAGAAAUUAUGCAAUGAUAAAAUAAUGUGAGAAAUGAUUGAUAUAUUUGCAUUAUAAAACAUCGGAUUACUUAUGCUGUAAUUAGACUGGAGAGUUUAAAAAAUAUUUACUCCAAGGAUAUUCAAGCAAUAUUAUAAACCUUUGUUGAAAUGAUUAUAUUCAAUAGUGUUUGUUUUUUAAUGAUCAAUUAUAAAUCAUAUAAUGUGCUGUAUAAAUGUUUACAAUUAUUAUUAAAUAUCGAUUUUAGCACGUACUUUACUAUUAAGUUGUUAAAAAUACAAAUUAUGUUUAA